ACUAACAGCCUGCAAGGACCUGCCUUUCCUGAAGACUGUGUCCCAGAAUCGCAUGGGAUAACAACCAACAAUACAUGUUUCAUCCAGAUGCCAUUUUUCAACCAGAAGAGAACUUUUAUCCCUCACUCUUAGAAAAACAGCGAGUGUAAGUACAGCUAGCGGACGUGCAGGAUGUUUCUGAAACUCUUAGCAAUGCUGUUCUUGUCCUUGGGUGCUGUAAGAGCUCAAAGAUCCACUCAGGACAUAUUUAUGUUGGAAUAUUUUCAGAGGAGAAUCCUGGAGAUGGAGGAACGAUUAAUAAGAUGCGAUCAAGACAUCCAGAAAGUCAACCAGCGGAUGCACGACAUGUCCGCAGAGAUGCGCGGUCAGGUUGGUGCUGUGAACGUGAUAAAGUCAGAGAUUGAAGACUACAUGGAAAGCCUGGCUACACGGGUGGACCGAGUGGAAAGAGAUGUUGAGUACCUGCACAAUAAACUUCCUGACGCAUCUAGCAUCGAGAUCUCGGACUCUCUGCUGGAUCAACAACUGAAAGAAACCCAAAGCAAGAGGAAAGCUGUGAUCUUACAAGGAAAAGAGUGUAGCACCAGAUUCAUUGGCAUCAAAUCACAGAAAAUCCUCAAGAAGGCAGGAAAUGUAGUAGGCUCAUGGCUAAAAGACCCAACCGCAACCUCAGGCUCCUCUAAGAUCUAUUUCUUUAGCGGCUCCAGAAACAACACACUGCUUCAGUUUGGUUCACUGAAGAGUUUCACCGAAUCCAAUACAACCAGCAAGCCCAAGGUCAUCCAACUCCCUCGGCCAUGGCAGGGAACAGGCCAUGCCGUCUACGAUGGUUUCGUCUACUAUCACAACUCUGACACUCGAAACGAAGUGCUGAAGGUUAGCCUUGUCAACCGCACCGUGGCUGACCGAAUGCUUGUUCCUACUGCUGGGCGCAUACCCACCUAUGGACUCUCCCCUCACACUUUCCUGGACUUCGCCGUGGAUGAGAUAGGAUUGUGGGUCAUCCACGCAGAUCCGGACAUUGGAGGGAAUCUUGUGCUCACCAAGCUGGACUCCAGAAGUCUAUCAGUGGAGCACACAUGGGAUACGACCUGCAAGAGCCACAAUGCUGAAGGUGCCUUUGUAAUCUGCGGCAUCCUGUAUGUCGUCUACAACGCGCACUCAGGAGGACGUUCCACCAUCCAGUGCCUGUUUGAUAUCCAUGACACCAUCUGGAUGGAGGAAUUGCCUGUGAUGUACUUCCCAAAGGCCUACUCCAGCCAUUCGAGCAUGCACUAUCACCCACAAGACAAGCAGAUCUAUGCCUGGGAUGAUGGCUACCAAACCGUCUACCAUUUGGAUUUGAAGAAGCUGUUACAAGUCACAUAAUUCAGAGUAAAACAACACUUCUUAUCUCCACCUAGUUAAUAGGUCUCAAUUUAAUCAUCACAUGCUUAGAAACAUUAUACUGUACUACAUCUGGGUUGUACUAUUACUAUAUUCCCUUACUAUGUACCUUUAGUAUGUACCUUUCGUCUGGGAAAGUGAAAGUUGUGUACCAUUGAAACUUGUUUAAAGACAAGCUAUGACAUGAAUGGACACAGUUAAUGAAAUUAGUUCUAAAGAUGCAUUCCAUUCCCUUUCAUUCAUCUUCCAAAGAAAUGUACCUUAUAACGGUAUAAUAGGCAUAUCCUUGAAGGUAAAAUCCCUUUGAUAACCAAUGGUACAACUCACUGCCUUGUUUUUUGAGACUACAGGGACUCACCGAAGGUCUACAUUUUCCUUUCUCCCACCAUUUUGGUUCUAACACCAAUCCACCAGGCAAAGGCACUCACCUUCUUGAAGAGAGAGAAAAAUGUGGAGCUUCUGGCUCCAUAGACUAGAUUUGGAAACAGUCUGUGUAUAAAUAGCUACAUGUAACUCAAACAUGGGUCCUGGAGACGACCAAACUGUAUGAUGUACCAUUCCUGCAGAUCUGAAAGGCUAUAUCUAUAAGCUGUAAAUUAAGGUAAAUUAUGACAGGUUAGAUCGGGGAUGUUUAAUCCUAUCAACGUAUGGUCUAUGUGGUGAAGGGUUUUCAUUUCUAACCAAGCAGGAUUACACUGAAUACAACUCAUCAGAUCACCAGGACUGACUGAUUGAAUCUGUGCAACCUGGUGUGCUCCUGCUUGAUUGGACUGAACUCCUGGGUUGUAUCACUGUGAGAUCUACCUACAUGUAAGAGCUAUUUGUUUGUCAUUCUGGGGAAUCCCUUAAAGGUUCUAAGUAGAGAAUGGGUUUAGCUUCUUACCAUGAAGCAGAGCCAAUCAUCUGGCCACCUCAAGACACCAGUUCCACAUGAUGAUGAACGUAAGACUUGGUAAAUCCCACUUCAAGAUCUCUGGAUCAAUUAAAACGUUCAUUUCGUGAGUGGUGUACAGGAAAAUGCAAGUUUAGCUAGCUAACAAAGAAGCUAAUUAUUUCUUUAUAAGCUUAAGGUAAUUUUAGGCUAGGGUUUAUUUUUUAAGCUCCACAUUGGGACUAAUCUGGCCAUGCAACUGUAUAAGGCUUGAUUACAUCCCUGAAUUAGAGCUCACUUUUUGGAAUCUAAGACCCCUUUCCUGUCCAUUGAACACUUAAACAACAUUCAGAGGACCUUAUUUUGAGAUCACACCAGCAGAUAUGCAGUUAGGGGUAGAACAGUAUUGUGCAACAUUCACAUGAUGAAACUGUUAUGGCUUAUUCACAUUACCAGGUUUUUCCUCUGUAUUUCUUUGAGCUUGUUUCUUGUUUUUUUCUCUCAUUUGGCAGACACGUUUAUCCAAACUGGCUUGCAUGAAACAGAAUACAGUCCAAACAUUUGAGCUGAGCAGAUGAGGCUUAAGAGCCGUGCUCAAUGCCCAGACAUUGAAUCUGUGACAGGUUUGGGAUUUAAAGUCAUAAAUCUUUCCAGCACUAGCGCAGAACUUUAACCACUGAGCAACCACAAGCCCCCAUAUAUGCCAAACAGCGCCAUAUUUACGUCUCAUCACAUGGACAAGUCUGCGGUUAUACCGAAUAUCAGCACGGCUGUCAUUUGGCUGUUGGCAUGAGGUCACAGGAAGUCACAGUGGUGCCAAUAUUCACUAUAACAACAUGAUUGUGAGCAUACAGCUUUAUAAACUAAACAUAAUAUCAAAUAAGUGACAUUUCGGACUGAGUAUGAUCAAAUAAUUUUUUUAUUUUGACCUGUGAAGGUAAAUAAUUCCAGAGGCAUUCACUUUUAUACUAUUAAAAAAAUAAAUGAGUGUUCCUUAUGAGACAAUACCAACCUCCUAACAUUCAUACACUAGACACUAGAGUGCAGAGUGUAGUACGUCACUUGUCUACAUCUAAUGUUUAGUGAUGGAAUUGAUUUGUGAUGAAGAUUGACAGGUGAAAAUUGGGUGAAGGAGGAAAAGGUUCAGAGGAAUGGAUCUGCAUGAGCAGUAUAUGACUAGUGGACUCAAUUGUCAAUUGCUGAUGGAGAUGCUAAUGCAGAGACAAAGGCAUUAGGACUGGAUUUUGAUACAAGGGGACUAUAUAUGUAUUUGAACCUAUUUAAAUGCUUAGAUGCUUCUCUGAGUAGCAGGUAGAGUGGAGAUGUCCUUCAACACGCCAUAAUUCAGAGCCUGCACUGCCCUCUCCUGGCUAGUCAUGGACAUUACAAAACGAUCAAAAGGCCAUAUAUAUGAAAGCAACUUAAGCCAUUUUAAUCAUUUCCUCUUCUAGUGAACCAGAAUCAUUGACAGAGACUUGUGUAAGUCGCUCUGGAUAAAGGCGUCUGCCAAAUGUAUAUAUAGAACGGGUUCUGAUAGUGUGAUGAUAUUGAGACUUUAGAUUCUACUACAUAUGUGUACAAAUAAACAGCAUUUUGAAAAAAAAAAAAUUCCUC